AUGCAGAAUGACAUGCAAAAAGUGCAGUGGUCAAAUCUGCCUAAUGACCUGCUCUUACAAAUUGUGGAUCGUCUAGGACUGAUUGAGUUUCUGGGUUUCCGUGGUGUUUGCAAAGAUUGGCACAAUGCUUCUUCAAAAGCUAAGGAUAAAUCUUUUGGAGUUGAUCCUUGGCUUCUUAUAUAUGAUGAGGGAGGUUCUCAGUGUUCCCUGCUAAGCAACCAAGAUAAAAUCUACACCAUGAACAUCCCAGAAUUAGAUGGGGCAACUUGCCUUGCAUCCUAUGAAGGAUGGCUUCUUGUGUUUAGACAUGGUUCAAUGUUCUUCUUUUGCCCCUUUACCAGAGCAAAAAUAGAGCUUCCAAGCUGUCCUUUCACAGAAGUAUCUGACCAUAUUGCAGCAUUUUCAUCUGUUCCCACUUCUCAAGAUUGCACUGUUGCUGUGUUUAGUCGAAUCAAUGAUCAUGAAGUAGAACUCUACUUGCUUUGCAGGGGGAAUAGCAUAUGGGCCAAGCACAAUUAUUCUCCCGAUAGAUUAUUAAGAUUUGUUACAAUAACUGGUGCGGUGUUUAAUAAAGGGGAAUUUCACUUUUUGGACAAGCAGAAUAUGUUAGUUACCUUUAAUGCUGCUAAGAGCGAAAAAUGGAACACGUAUUUUUUAGUUCCAGUCCGGAAUAAAUCUAGCGUGGGUCAAUUGAGCUAUAAUAUACAAAAACACAGGUUGAUGAAUGCGAAGAGUAAACUGGGAUUAGAGGCAAAUGUUUCAAUUUCUACAUGCGGAACGCUAAUGACACACUCUAGUGGUCAAUAUGGUAUUGCAAUUCAAGGUGAAAACAUUGCUGCAACUACAGAAUCUGAAAGCCGUCACCUUAAAGGGGUGUGGAUCCAACCAAGUUACCUUAAUAUACCUCCAGACCAAAGCUGGUAA